ACGCAGUCAUUGGCUGCAUCAGCUGCAAGUGCAAUGAUACCUGCGGAUAGUGCCAGUAAGAUGCACGUAUUUCGACAUGAAAAGCCGCUUUUAAGGUUACACGUAAUAAACAAAGUUGUGCGCUUUGGAAAAUAUAUCAAGUAGGAGUUUAUUAUUUGAACUUUUGCAGGGUUUUUAAGAGUGCAAACUUUUUAACCCUGUGCGCUGUGCAUCAAUCAAAUAAAUGUUGCCCUUUUCAGAGUAUUAUUAUUCAAACAACGUGCAUAUGAUCUGUGGUGAAAAUGGAUGAAUAUUUUGUAAUCAGUUAACGAUCUAAUUUUGUCGUUUUCCGUGUUUUAGUGAACACCUCUGCCAUAAUAUUGAAAAAGAAAACAUUAAAAAUGGCUGAUAAUGCUACGUCACCCGUGUCUCUGGAUUACGUCAUUUUUCACAAACUCCAGGAAAAUAUUGCCGCCAUAGUGUAUACAUCUGUGCUUUUGGUGGUAGGUGUUCCAGGGAAUAGUCUCGUCUGUUAUAUUUAUUUUAGAUGGAAGGAAAAAAAAUCGUCACAAAUUUUUAUCUUAUCCCUAGCUAUAGUGGAUCUCUUUAACUGCCUUGUUACCAUGCCAACAGAACUGGCUAUGAUGACAAACCCGAUGGAUUUUGAUUUCAACGUUAUUUGUAAACUUUCACGGUUUUUCACUUAUUUGUGUAACACAAUCGCAGCCUUGAUCAUGAUUGUAAUUGCUGUGGACAGAUAUCAGAGGAUAUGCCACCCUAGUAAGACCAACAUGACUGUUCGCCACGCUAAAAUCGCCAUGGGGGUAUGUUUCGUCAUUUCCGUGUUUACCACUUGGCCAGCUCUUGUCAUGUAUGGUACCUUGACAACUGUACUUGGAUCGAACGUCUUCGCCAAAAACUGUUUUGUGGAAAACCAAUUCCUUUCAUCUCCAUUUGUGCUCUCUUAUUUUGCUUUCCACACUAUCGCAACAAUUACAAUUUUCGUAAUAAUUUCUGUCUUGUAUAUAUUUAUCGGAUUAGCAGUUUACAAAAGAUGGAAGUUUCGAAAACAAUUUCUCUCUAGUUCCAAGGACCUUCUCUUGCGCCUGUCAAGAACAAAUAACUCUCGUAACGAUCUCAACACGCCAGUUAGUAUGACUUGCUUGGAUUCCGUAUCAGGUACAAGAAAUACGGUCAUAAGGAGGGAAGACUUCCGCCCGCCCAAAAAGCAAAAUCUUAAACUUGAAAAAACGACCUUCAUGUUAUUUCUUGUGACCUUGACCUACAUAUUGAGCUUUAUUCCUUUCUUAUCCCUAGCUACGCAUCGAUCCAUUCAUCCAGGAGAAUGGGAACACAUCUCUCACGAAGGUGAAGUUGUGUAUCAAGUAUUUAUCAGAUCGUACCUUCUAAAUUCGUGUGUAAAUCCUAUCAUUUAUUCCUUUUUUAACUCUUUGUUUAGACGAGAGUGUAAGAAAAUGUGCUGUAAUAGACGUCGUGUCAUUUCAUUUUCGUUGUCAUGAGAAUACAGAAAAAAAACAUUGUUUUACCUGUAAAUCAACUUUUAUGUCUGGGAUCUUACAGAUAUAAGACGUACGUAUCUUUGUAUGGUUAUUUAGAGUAUUUCAUUGUCCAAUGUGUGCUUUAAUAGCAAGGAAAUAUUUUUACUUUACGAAAAUUGAUAAUAUUUAUUCUCUUGAGAAAACAAGUAUAUUUUAGCAUCAGGAAAUCAUUCCAAGUCUUUUGUAUUUGUUUUAUUUAUUCCGUACACCAUUAUAAUA